CACGCGCGCGCACACUCACUCUUAAAGUAUCCUAUAAAGGCACAGACGCUACAGAAAUCGGUGCAGCUCCGUGCGCGAGAGGAACGAAAGGAGAACUCUCACUGAUGCCACCAGAGGCCGUGCAGAUCAUCUGAGCUCUUAAGAACAUGUUAUACGGUGUCGUUUCUCCGACCGCGUGCGGCGCUCCGCUGCUGCAGCCCGUCUGGGACGAGAUACGCGAGCGCUCGGGAGAGCGCGCGACGCCGCUGUGGAGCGCGUGCCUGGCCUUCUCAGUUCACGUCCUGCUCUCGGCGCUCUUCCUCGGGCUCGAUGUGCUCGGCCCGCGCGUGCCGUGGAUCAGUCGGUACAGGAUCCACGGGAAGCCUGUCAGCCUGCGCCGUUGGUUUCGCUGCCUCGUGCGGAUUUCGUGGAAGUACGCGCUGUGCAUCUUGCCGGUGAGCGCGUGGAUCGGGUACGCCGGAUUCGCGCAGCACGAGCGCGCGGCUGCUGCUGCUGCGCCGUCGCUGCUCGUCGCGUGCUCGGAGUGUUUUUCAUGCCUGCUCGUGUUCGACACCACCUUCUUCUUCAUGCACUACACCGUGCACAGAAACCCCUGGCUCUUCAAGGUCUUCCAUCAGUCUCAUCACACGAACGUACACCCUUUCGCACUGGCGGCUCAGGACUCCAGCAUCAUCGAGCUCGUCUCUCAGCAGGUGUUGGCCAUGUUCAGCACCGUGGUGGUGGGCUGCCAUCCGGUCAGCAAAAUCCUCUUCCAUCUGCUCAACAUCUGGCUGGCGGUGGAGGACCACUGUGGUUACGAUUUCCCCUGGGCUCUCCACAGGAUAUUGCCCUGUUUCGGAGGAGCUCCUUUCCACCAGGCCCAUCAUCAGCACGUUACCGGGAACUAUGCACCGUACUUCACACACUGGGACCUCAUAUUUGGUACGGCAAUACACGCGUGAACGGAUGUUUGUUUUGGAAGGAGCUGGAGAUGUGGAUAUGGAUUUUCUUUAAAAAACAACAACCUGCGAACGCUGACUUGCACUAAGAUCAUGUCCACGUGUCCAGGAGGUUACGUUUCAUAUUUUUUGGUCCAUGACUGGGGGGAGAUUAUAACGCGCAGAUUCGCGCUGAAAUCAUUUCAUUGUUUCGUUUUAGUCAACUCCGCACCUGCGUACGUGCGUACAGAUGUGUUCAACAGCACCACCUACUGGCCCGCUUGCUCGUACAAAUCAGUUUUCAGUUCAAAUCAGUUUUAUUUGUAUAGCGCAAUUAUUAACACUGGACAUUGUCACAAAGCAGUUUUACAGAAAUACAUCAACCCAGGAUUAUUAUUUAUCCCUAACGAGCGAGCCAGAGGCGACUCGGUGAGGGAAAAACUCCCUGAGGCGAUAUGAGGAACCUUGAGAGGAACCCAUCCUUAUCUGGGUGACACCGGAUAGUGCGAUUAUAAAUAAAUAAAUAAAUCCCUUCUAUAAAUGCGCUAAUACUACAUGGUUAAAUAGUGCAGUUGUGUAGCCAUGAAAAUUCCUUACAGUUCGUACAUGAAGUCUGUUUUGUUGAACUUCUCCACUGUGUAAAACCGUUUGAGCUCGAAAGCCAUCUUCACUGUUUUUGAAGUCGUACCGUCCUCAGUAAUCAGUGAUGUUUAGGCGGCACCAUGUGGGGUCAUCCUCAGCAGCAGCGAGUGGUUUUCAGGUGAUGAUGACUCCAACCAGAUGUAGGGGAUCAGGAUGGAUCAGGCGGGUAUCUUUAUACAUGUGGGCGGAGCCUGACUGUAACACCGCGAUGUUUGGAAUAAACGCUUUUUUGGGGGUGGGGGGGCGAUCCUAUCAAAGUACCCACCUCCUUUUGACUAUUUUUUUCCUCUCCAGCCACUGUGCUGGAAACUGUGGAAACUGUGGACCUGGCAACCCCGGUGCUCCUUCGUGGGCCAUUUCAUUUUAACCGUCAUUUCAGCCCGUGACACAUCAGUCUGAUUUAAAAAAAUUUUAUCUAUUUUUGAUUUUAAAUGAUUAUAUUUUUAAGUGAACGUGAACUAAUCACAGAAUGAUGGACUCUUUUGGGGGGGAAAUUCUUUCAGAAAUGUAAUUAUGCUUCACGUCACUUCACGUGUGUUCUGUACAGGAAGUAACCCGAAGGAUGUCGAUUAAACCGACCUUUAUAAUGUCAUCACUCUUAUAAUCACCUGUACUGAUUCCUGCAUUAAUUAAUCUACACGAGUUUUAUAUUGAAGAGACAUUGUUUUAUUACAUACAGAACUGUGCAAAAGUCUUAGCCCCCUAUUUCUUUUUUUUAAUGCUAAUUUCUUUGCAUAAACAUAUCUUUGAUGUUUA